CACUCGGAACCAAAGCUCAGCAGCUCUGGUGUUGAGAGGGUGAAUGUUUGCAGCAGAACCUUUCCGGGGACAGCGGCUGUUAUGGUAACAGAGGAAACAAGCGGCUCCUUUAUCUCUUUAUCUCUGUCUGAUUAUCGGGUCGGGGAGGAUGAACUCGGAUCGCUUCUCAGUGUCAGCGGAGGAUUAUCUGGCUUCAGGAAUCCAUGAGCAUAUCGUACAAAACACAAAUGCCGACAGAAAACAGUUGCAGUCAGACACAAGGCCAGACACACAUUUUAACUUACAUUGAAGAUGCUGUGGGUCAAUUGCUGGAACAUAAGGAGGAUUACAGCAAGGUUGGAAUUGCCAGAUUCCUCGCUGAAUAUUUUAGCAGUGUCCAACAUGGAAGUCACAUUUUGUUUCGUGAAUUCGUCUUCAUCAAAGCCACCCCUUACAACAGAGCUUCAUUUAUAAGAAUGUUCUGGCGAUGCUUUCGACAAAUAGGCAAGAAUGGAGACCUGUUGACCGUGAAGGAGUACCAUUCCUUACUUCAGCUUAUUUGUCAAGACCUUCCAAUGGAUCUUGCCCAGAAAGCAGCAAGGAUUGUCCUUAUGGAUGACGCAAUGGACUGCCCAAUGUCAUUUAUGGACUUUCUGUACGCCUUCCAGAUUCAAUUAUGCUACUGUGAAUUCCUUGAAAGUAUUGCUGUCAUUUAUCAAGAUCUCCUUAUGGGAAAAAAUCCAAACGCUGUGAUCGUGCCAACUUCUUCAGUCCAACAACAUCGCUUACUGUCUAAUGAUACAGCAACACAAGACGGCGUGGAUGCGUCUCAGUUUUAUGACUGUUUGGAAACGCUCUGCGACAGAUAUAAGCACAAUUACCCACCAACUCCAUACGUUAAGCAGAUCCUCCACAAAGUGCAACGAGUGACAUUCUUUGGAUUUCUGAUGGCUCUUGCAAAGCAUGAGGGGAUUAACUGCAAAUUAGGAAUUCUUCCCAGUAAGACAGAACUUCUUAUAGAUUCGGACAUGGACCGAGAGCUGGAGAAAGUAAUUGAACACAUGCUCAGUAGUCAGACCUCCGGCGCUCCUGUACUCUCACAGAAGGAACCAACCAGAAAAGUCAGUCAUCGCAAGACUCUCCCUCAGCGUAAGAAAGUGGACUUUGAGAGUGAUGGCUCAACCGAAGAAACCGAUUCUUCUGAAAAUUAACUCUCCAUCUUCGCUUGCUGCUGUUCAUAUUAUGCCUCAUUAUAAAGUAGUUACCUUCAGCCUUCCUCUCGUUUGUUAGAAUGUUUAAAGAGUCUUCUGCUAUGUUAGGGCCACCAUAGUUGUUCAGUGCACCAUCUUUUCACUAUUGAGAUAUCGCUUUGAGCCCACAUUGGAUGAAUGGGAUGAAAAUUGUCUAUUUCUGCAAGUUUUAGUGAACUGAUUUUGAGUUGCCUCAGCCCAGUUCCUGCUUUGUAAAAAUUGCCCGAAAGAGAAACUGUGUAGCAGCCUCACCCAGUGAACCUUUCAGCUGGGUUUGUUCGGGAAAUUGAAAGAUUGUGUUAAAGAAAUGGUACUGUGCGCCUAACCUGUUCCUUUCCUUUGCAGUGCAGUCCCUUACCUUGUUAAGAGCAAAAAGUAGAAGCUAUUUCAUUCAGUCUACUUCAGCCAGAGUAUAAACCCCAGACUUUUCAUUUUAUAAAAAAAAUGGAAGAUAAUGCAAUAACUGGUGUUAUCUUGGCUCAACUGUAGCAUGGAAAAUAAUGUAAUGGUGAUUUCUUGACCAAAAGUCAGAGUCUCCAGUGGAACAAGUCCUCGCGGUCUGAAUAUAGAUUCUAGUGAUGACAUGCCUCAAUCAGACUGAUUUCAAGAUGCUUCUGAAUAUAUUUAACACCAGCUUACUGGUCUUAUGGUCAAGGUAGAUUGUUGAAAUGUCAAGAAAUUCUAGUACUGUAACUAACUCAGCCAGCCUGUGCUAUCAAAUGAUGAUAGAGUUGGUUUCAGCUGUGAUGCUCUUCACAGUCGAAUAUACUGUCUAGGGUUAUAUGUUAAAAAAUGUUAUCUGGUGAAGUAUUUAAGGACUUCUGGCACCUAACAAGAAUUAUCCUCUGCAGAAGAUGUGAAAAAUUAGAUGGGGAGUAGUUAAAACUGAAGCAUGCAUUA